GCUCGCUCUAAUUUGUAUCGGAUAUCGAAGAUUUAGCCUAGAGGCUCAAUAACCUUCCAGUCAUGUUGUCAAUCAAUAUCUCAAAACAUACCACGCCUCAAAAUUACGAGCUCAGCGAGCUUCCCGCACCGACCGUGCAAGAUCCCAAUGACAUCGUCAUCAAAGUCCAUGCAGCCAGCGUCAAUCCGAUCGAUGUCAAAAAGGCAUCCGGUGCAUCAAAGGUGGUCUUGAAAGACUCCUUCCCGUACAAGAUCGGCUAUGAUUGCGCAGGCACCGUCGCGGAAAUCGGAUCUCAGGUUACUAAUUUCAAGGUCGGCGAUGAAGUUUUUGCUCGGCUUCCUGAAUGCCAUCGAGGGACGUGGAGUGAACUGGCCAAAACGACUGAAGACUUUGUCGCUUUGAAGCCAAAGAGCCUGUCUAUGGAAGACUCCGCAUCGAUUCCAUUGGCGGCUAUGACCGCUCUACAGGCACUUCGGGGGUACCCUGGUAGUCUCGAGGGGAAGACGGUGUUUAUACCUGCUGGAUUGAGUGGCACCGGACUAUUCGCCUGCCAGCUGGCCAAGAACGUCUUCAAGGCCGGUAAAGUCAUCACGACCGUUUCAACUUCGAAAGUCCCUCAAGUAAAGGAACUUCUCGGUGAUGGUGUCGUGGAUGAAAUCAUUGACUACAGAAAUACGGAUCCAAAGACUGUCAUCCCUGCGCAGUCCGUCGACUUUCUAUUUGAUACAACUGGAGACGCGAUGACCUAUUUGUCACAGAUGCGACCGACCGGCGCCAUAGUCUCCAUCUCCAUCAUGACCUCAGGAGAGACCUUGCAAAACUCAAGUCUUAUGCGGUUGUCGCCUGAUAAAAACAACAGAGCGACCGUGCCCUAUCCCGUCCGCCUUGCACUGAACGUCCUUGAUCGAAUCCGUGUCAUGCGCGCCUCGCGGUAUGGCGUCAAGUAUUCAUCCAUCUUCCUAGAGCCGAAUGCUAAAGAUCUCAAAUCGAUUUGUGAGUGGGUUGAAUCGGGCAAAUUGCGUACUGUCGUCGGAACCAAAGUGUCGUACAAAGACAUCAAGGCCGUUCGAGAUGCGUGCCAAGUUGUGUAUGAUUCGAAAGGUGGUGUUGGGAAGUCGGUGAUCACGUUUGUGUGAGAAGUGUGGGCUUCUCAGCGGCCAAAAGUGGUUCUUUGUAUUUAUACACGCAUCAACUUUUAAUAGAACUUUAAUAACAAUGGAACCGAAUGAUGACUUGAUUUACC